AUGAGUUCCAGCUGCAGCCCAGCGUCCUCCUGUGUGACCCUGCUGUGCCAGCCCAUGUCCAGCCAGUCACCUUGUGGGGCUGCCAGCUGCUCUUCUGGUGGCUCCCAGUGUCUGUGCUGCCCCUCUUCCUGCAGCUUGGCUUGCUGUGUGCCUAGCUCCUGCCAGGCAGCCAGCUGUGUACCUGUGAGCUGCAAGCCCACUGUGUGUGUGCCCAUGAGCUGCAAGCCCACUGUGUGCAUGCCCAUGAGCUUCAAGCCAGUCCUGUGCAUGGCCCCUAGCUGCCAGUCUUCUUCCUGCUGUCAACCCUCUUGCUCCACCCUUGUCUGCACACCUGUCACCUGUGGCACCCCUGCCUGCUGCUGA